AAAAAAAAUGUUUAAAUUUUUAAUACUAUCACUAGUACUGACCUAUGCAUCCGCUGGUCUUAUUCAAAACGGAGCUAACUGGGUAAGCGAGUUGGGUAGGGCUGGUCUGGAGGAUGUGGUCAACAUUGGUAAGGUUGGUGUCGGCCUAGUAGGCAGUGUCGUACCCAAUGUUAACUCGGCUAUAGAUCAUGCAGCACAUGGUAAUCUCGGUGGUGUAUUGGGCGAUAGUGUCGGUGCUGUGGGUACCGGUGCUGACGGCUUGUUCAAAGCUGCCCAGGACGGUUUCAAGGAUCAUCUACAUCACGAUAGCAAAUUGUUGCAUGAUGCUCUGAAUAUUAUUUACUAA